GAGAUUCUCACCAACUGUAAACAAACAACAACAUCAACAACAAAAAUAAUCAACUUCGCAUCCAGAAUCUAUUAACCUAAAAUUCUUACUUUUUACAGUUUUAUUUAUCUUGCCGCCAAAUCUGACGGCCUUCCUCGACCGUCCGAUAUAGAAAAAAAAAAAAAAAUUCGCUUUUAAUAUUUUCUGGGUCCCUCAUUGGUAAUUGGGUCCCAUGAACACGAUUCCAAAGAGCAAGAAAACGAACUGUCUUCUUCUUUCCACAACUCUCUCUCUCUCUCUCUCUUUUCUAAUCCCCUCCUUCUUCUUCUUCUUCAUAGCCUUUCGUACUUGCUAUCUUAUGAUGUCGUUUUACCUUUGAGUCCACCCUAAGCGAUUCAAAAUUCCAAAUGGGUUUACCUCGUUUUGUGAUUCGCUUCCCUAUUCCGUUUAAAGUUUGCUAAUUUGUGAAGAUUUCUGAUCUGGGUCUUUCUUACUCCUCCAUAUUUUCUUUGUUUUUCUCUUAAAAAUUUAUCUUUUUUACUCAUAAUUAAUUUGUGGGAGAUCCUUGUUUUCUUUGUUUUUCACCUGUGUUUUGUAUUUACUCUAAUGGGUAUGUUUCUGUUUUAGGUAAUUCGUCUUGUUCUGGGAUUUUCUUUCUUUUUUUUUUGGGGGGGGAAAUUGGGUAGGAAAUAGGAUUUUACAGGUAUGAUGGGCUCUGGUAUGAAUUUGAUUACUACUGUUAUUGGUUUUGGUAUGAGUGCCACAUUUAUAGUAUUUGUCUGCACAAGAAUUAUUUGUGGAAGACUUCGAGGUGUACAAUCCCGGCCUAUGUUCGAAAUUGAAACAAGGAUUGAUCUUGAACAGUUGAAUUUGGAGUAUGGAUUUGAAGCAUUCACUGUUUACUGGCAGCCAGAGCAUCCUUCUAGUGGCCUUGAACCAGUUCUCGUUGCUGCAAUACCUACCAUGAAGUACAACCAGGAAGCUUUUAGUUCCAUUGAAGAUGCACAGUGCUCGAUAUGCUUGGGCGAGUACCAAGAUAAAGAAAUAUUGAGAAUCAUGCCCAAUUGUGGCCACAAUUUUCAUCUCUCUUGCAUUGAUGUGUGGCUGAGAAAACAGUCUACUUGUCCAGUUUGUCGAAUAUCAGUACAACAAUCUCUUAGAACUAAACAGUCAAUGCCUGUAACGUUUAGCGUGGCUCAAUCCUUUGAUGAUUCUGAGAUUUCAAAUGACCAUUCUCACCAGUGGCUGCUACCUGGUAGUGUGCAUUCGGUGGACAACACUAGCAACCAGGGGCAUUUACAACCUCCUUCUGGAAACCAAGCUGAACCUACACCAUCUGGACAACCAGAAACAAGGCAAUGAUCAGAGCAAAGAUAUUGGCUGUUCUAGAUAGUUAGACAUGCCUUUUACCAGACAAUGCUUGUGAAUGUACAAAUAGGUAAAUUUUAGUUUUAUUUAAUUUAAUUUUGUGGGUGGGGUAGGGGGAUUCGUUGUUGUUGUUGCGUUGUUUGAUUUGGAGCCGACUGAUCUACGUUUAAGUUUUGAGGCAUUGAAAAUUAUAGGUUAGGUGGUUAUAUUAGAUGAAAAAAAUUUCAUACUUUGUACAUAGAACCAUGUUCUUUUAACCAUGAGACAGAUUGAGUUGGUGUUAAAUUACUCUUAACAGAAUUUCUCAAAUUUUUUGGGUCUCA